AUGUACAGCAUGAGCAAUUAUCAGUUUCUAGGAAAGGCAUGGACCAGUAUCAAGUCAAAGGAAUCUCGGCGAUACUCCACGUCCUCCAGCUCGACUGACCCAGAUGGAUCUCAAUCCGAAUCUCCUCAUGGAUCUCUCAACUCUGAUAGUCCUAUCGUGGCAUUGAAGGGAAGAUGGCUAGCAAUUGUCCCACCAUCCGCAACUUACAGGGCUACUCUCCGUGCUGCCGUGCCGACGUCCUUGUUGCAAGGGAAGGCGUUCGGGCUUGAGACUCGAAGUCCCCCGUCGCGUCCGGCUAUCACCUGCGCUACUGAUGUCGGAGAGGGCGAAAGCUUUUUCGGCAAGGUAGCCCGGGGCGUUACCCAGGAGCUCAUGCGAGGUGCACGGUGGAUGGGUGACCAAGGACUACAAGCCUGGAACAAUUACUGGAAUAAGGAGCAAGCUCAAAGCAUGCCAGCACGCCGCUCUCCUAAUUUGACGGAGUUUUCACCUCAGGGGUACAAUCUCUUCCCUCCCACCCAUGCCCAGGACACCCAGUCUGUGUCCACUACCGAACCUGAUUUGGUAUCAAUCUUCGAUCUGCGAAAGCUAGAGGAGGGCGAGGCCAAGAGUUCUUUGUUCAAUCCAGUGGCCACUUUUCAGGUGCCGAAUGGCUGCAGCUUCCUUUCAUUUUCUCCCAACGGUCUCAUGUUAUUUACUGCCAGUAAAAAGGGAGAUGUCCAGUAUGUUUGGGAUGUUAUGCAGGCUAAAUACUGUCGAGCCGGGGCUUUCAUGUCAGACGAUCCAGCAUCUGUGCAGCCGAGCGUGCGGCAGAUUGCCCGGUACCCGCGAUUAACCACGUCCCAUAUAGUUGACGUGGUCUGGUGUCCGCCGUCUGGGGACAAGCUCGCAGUGAUUACGGGUAAACCGACGGUGCAUGUUUUUGACUUGCCUCGGAGCGCCUUUCAAUGGCCUCCUUUUCGACGAUCUCUACCAAAACCUGCGAAACCGCCUACUGCUGAUGCUCCGGCAGAAGAGCUUCCCGACCGGGGGCCGGCUGCGAAUCCAUUGUCGGCAGCCUUCAAGAUGGUCGGCGGUAAGACGCAGCCCAUUCUUGCCGCAGUCAGGGGGCGUACUCCCUCCACCGGGGCCGCUUUCCCCUCCGUGGGUGGCUUUGCAAUGCCUUCUGCAGCUGGAGUAAGAGGGGGCAAGGCGGUUGCUGCUGGCCUUAGUAAAUCAAUGGGGGCCGCCGCCACCGGCACUGUCAAAACGGUCAACACCAUCCGACAUGGUGGUGAACAUCGCCUGCACCUAUCCAAUCUUUCUCGGGACCCCGUUGCGGCUCGUGUGACAUGGAUCAUCCAUAAAGGAAUGCCAUUCUUGGGCCUGAUAGAUGGGGGUUACUUCCGUCUGUACAGGAUUAAACGCUCCACCUCACCCAGUAAGAGUAGGCAGGUGCAAUCGGUGAUCGGAAACAAAGAACUUGAGUUCCGCUUGCCUCCCCAUAUGCAGACACCUUGCGGUCCCAUGACCGUGGGUCCCGCCGCCACCACAGAAACAACGGUCUCUGCAACAUUGGCUCUGCCAUCCGCGGCGCUACGACCGCCGCCAGCGUCGAAGCUCAAAUGCCAGCCUCUUUCGCAGGCGGAGAUCGAGACAAACACACCAUAUCAGCCUUUCCACACCGACCAGAGGGUAAACCUCUUUGUGUACAGUGAGGCCGACGACUCCGUGGGUUCAGUCCCGACGGGUCAAUGGACCUUCGGCGGCUCUCUAGCCACUACGAAGCUUCACGUACGACCGUUCAGCGCCUCCAGCGAAGAAGACGAUGACAUGGUACAUGAACAACACCACGGGUUUGGAGCUGAAAUGGAGAAUCUAAUCAGCCUGGGAAAUAGUACGGGCAAUGUGGAAGAAGUGGUCAUUACUACACGCAGGAAGAAGAAGCAGGCUUCGGCCAUGGCCCCGGGUGGCGGGGUCGAUGACGGCUUCUUUGAAAAUGACUGCGAGGUCUUGGACUUCGCUCGGGACCGAGUCUAA